CUUGGGAGUGACAUGAAAAAAUGGAAUACAGGAAGUGAUAUAUUGUGAUUUUGAAUAUUGAAUAGACUGAAGAAAGGAAUAAUAUCUGGAAGGAAUAUUAUUUAUGUUGAGGAAAAGUUCAAACAGUUUGAGGUGGUGGGCCGCCGCCUGCCCACCGAGCAUGAGGUCAACCCCCCGCUGUACCGGAUGAGACUGUUCGCGCCCAACUUUGUUGUCGCCAAGUCUCGCUUCUGGUACUUCCUGCGCCAGCAGUCCAAGAUCAAGAAGGGAUCCGGAGAGAUCGUCCAGUGCAAGGAGGUGCUGGAGAAGAAGCCACUGAAGGUGAAGAACUAUGGCAUCUGGCUGCGCUACGACUCGCGCUCUGGCACGCACAACAUGUACAAGGAGUACCGUGACGUGACCAUCACCAGCGCCGUGCUGCAGUGCUACCGCGAGAUGGGCGGACGGCACCGGGCGCGCGCCCACGCCAUCCAGAUCAUGCGCGUGGAGGAGAUCAAGGCGAAGGACUGCAAGCGGCCGAUUGUGACGCAGUUCCACAAGGCCAAGAUCAGGUUCCCGCUGGCCUACCACGGAGUGUUCCGGGACAAGAAGAGCCGCCGCUUCGUGCGCACGGCGCCGCGGAUCAACUUCCAGUAAACAGACUAUCGCCCACACACACGCAAAUACACGAUCAUUGCGGA